GGGACGGACGGACAGAGACAGACGGGACCCCCCCUUCGCCCCCCCCCCCACGGCGGGGACCCGGGGCCGUCACAGGGCGCCAGAGCCCGCAGGGGGCGGCACAUGGCCCCGGGGCGCAGGGGGGCGCCGGGCGCGUAGAGCCUGGACCGGUGCCGCCCCCCCAGCCUGGACCGGACCGGACCGGACCGGUGCCGCGCUCCCAGCUGGGUCCGGAUCGGUCUCGCUCCCCCCCGCCCAGCCGGGACCGGACCGGUACCACCAGGCCCAGCCGGGUUUGGACCGCUGCCGCCCCCCCCCUUUGCUACCAGGACAGAGCUGCUGGAUCCCUCCCCGGGCCUGGUUCGGAGCCGGCCCCAGCGCUGCCCCCCCGCCCCGCAGGAUGAGCUGAGAGCUCCGUGCUCGGCGCUGGCCAGGCCGGCCCUGUGCGCACCAGAGCCGCGAUGAGCCCGGAGACGGGACGCUGGGCACAGGUGCCUGGAAAGACGCUCUGAGCCGUUCCCACCAGCGGGGGGCGCUGCCCACCCCAUGGAUCUCCACCCCUUUGGCCCGCGGCCCCCCAGGGACGGAGCCGCCAACCCCCGGCACCAGCCCCCGGCCCGGGAGGAGCCGUCCGGGCGGCGGCUCAAACUGGAGGAGGACGAGGAGGCAGGCCGGCCGCGUGCCCCCCGGGCCCCGCCCUGGCCCCCCGGGGAGGCCGGGCCGGAGCAGGGCGAGGCCGCGCGCUAUGGCCGCUACCUGCUGAUCGACAGCCAGGGGCUGCCCUACACGGUGCUGGUGGAGGAGGCGGGUGCGGCGGGCGAGCGGGCGGGGCUGCGGAAGGUGUACUGCUGCCCGGUGUGCUCGCGGACCUUCGAGUACCUCUCCUAUCUUCAACGGCACAGCAUCACCCACUCGGAGCACAAGCCCCACGUCUGCCGGGCCUGUGGCAAGGCCUUCAAGCGCACGUCCCACCUGGAGCGGCACAAGUACACCCACGCCGGGCGCAAGCCCCACCAGUGCCCCAUCUGCCAGCGCAGCUUCCGUGACGCCGGCGAGCUGGCCCACCACCAGCGGGUGCACACGGGUGAGCGCCCCUUCCAGUGCGAGGACUGCCACAUGCGCUUCGGUGAGCGCAACACACUCCAGCGGCACAUCCGGCGCAAGCACCGGCAGCAGCCACCCACGCCCUGACGGGCACGGGGAGCCCCGCAGCCGGAGCAGCCCACGCCCUGACGGGCACGGGGAGCCCCGCAGCCGGAGCAGCCCACGCCCUGACGGGCACGGGGAGCCCCGCAGCCGGACCGGCGCCGCCCUGACGGGCACGGGGAGCCCCGCAGCCGGACCGGCGCCGCCCUGACGGGCACGGGGAGCACUGGAGCCGGACUGGCAACUCCCCAUGGCUUAGCCACAUAGCAGCCCUUGUACCCACAUGGGUCCCUGUCUCUGGGGGCAUGGUGGUCCCUAUUGUACCCCCACACCCUGUCUAGGGGAGGGGGUGUGCCCUGUACCCCUAUGGGCAGCCCCCUGUACCCCAGCCCAAGGCAUUGGCCUCCCCACAGAUGCCCCCCAUGGUGUUCUAAGACAGAGGGUGCCCCACGCAGAUAGGGCAGGGCAGGCUGGACCGGGCCAAUCCGAGCCCAUGUGGGUCCUGGAGCACUUGGGUAAAUACUGGGGUUAUGGGUGGUAAUUCACUAGGGGGCAGGGAAUGGGGCACAGGGCUUUUCCCCUCAAGGGGGCGCCAACUCCUAUCCGGCCCCAGGGCAGGAACUGGCUGACUCAGAGGAGCGGGGAAUGGGGGCAAGGGGCCUUUCCCCUCUAGGGCACAGAUAGCUCAGUCCUACAGCCAGUAGUUGGGGGGGAGGAGGAGGGUUGUCCUGGCCACCCCCAUAGAGGGUCAUAGUGAUUCUACAUUCCCUAGUAAUAGGCUCAUAUGGCUCCUGAUGGCCCAUCUACCCUGGUAUCCGGCCUGCUCCUGCUCCCUGGAGCAGCCCCCCUGGCCUAUCUAACCUGGUAUCCUGCCCCCAGAUCAGUCCCAGAGAGCCAUCUGCCCCGGUAACCCACUUCAAACAGUGGCCAACAGCUGGGGGCCAUCACAAAAGGCCCAUCAUGCACUGGGACCAAUCUUCACAUAGUGUUUUUCGGUCUGGCGCCCCCAAAUGGCUGUAGGUGGAGGCAGGGGAGCCAGCCCCCUUCCCCCCCCCAAGGACUCCAACCUACUGAUCGUCCCGGAGAAGGAAAUCCAAGGACAGCACUGGUCCCACGGGCUGCCCAGCCCAGAUCACUCCAAGGUGCCUGGCCUGGCCAGCUGCUCCCCCUCCACAGCUCCGAUUUACGGUGGAAUCUUCGUUCUCUUGGUUUUUUAAUUAUUAUUAUUAAUUAAAACACUUUUUUGUUGUUG